AUGGCUCCCAAACGCGCCCUCUUCUCACUCAACCUCGACUCCAACGCAGACCACAUUUACCAACGCGUCGAAGAUCAUAACAAGGAAGGCAAGGACAAGGUCAAGGUCCUCGAGAGCUCCGGGCCUACUGUUGGACACACGGAUCUGUCUAUCAUCACGAAGCCGUUUGAGCAGGUGAUCAAUCGCACGGUCGAAGGCGUCAUCGACGGCACUGGGAAGAAAGUGCACAGCGUAGAAGGCGAAGUGCACACCGAGAUCCAUAAAUCGGAGAAGGGCACCGGUACAAAGACGGUUAAAGUCAAGAGGCCCGCCGGCAAGAUAGAAGACACGUACGACACGAGCGAGCUGUGA